AUGGCAACGACGGUUACCAGGUCUCAAACCUCUAGAGCACCGCCGAUCAAUGAAAACAACCCUCCUCCUGAAAAAGGCCUAGAGAAUAAUCCGCCUUUGAUCAAAGGUCCAGAGGCAAAUCGUCGUGCAGAUAAAGAACUUUUGUUUGAACUCCAAGAACAUUCUUUUGAUGAAGAAACUGAAGAUAACACUUGGAAUGAUGUUAGCAUGAUAGAGAUGAUGCAAUAUGUUAAUGCUACUCGCAGCACCUUUAAUCAGUACAGAAAGUAUGUUGCUAAAGGGAAAGCACCUUUGGAAAAUGCUUCAAACCAUGAAGGCGAUCCUGAUCGAGCUUUGCACAAGGCUGCUGAUCAACAGCACCAAGUUCGCAAAAGGAAAAGAACAAAUCCUCAAGUACAAGGGCAAGAAACACCACUGUGA